UCUUUCUUUCUUUCUUUCUUUUUCUUUUUUUUUUUUCCUUCCUGUGACGUAGGGACACACCUCCAGCUCGGGAGGACAGCAGCCGGUCGAGCGGCCACCUCCGCACCAAGGACAGGCCGACCCACCGGAUCAGGAGGCAUUUGGGACACCUACACAUAUUGUUGCUUCAAGAUCAGGCAGCGAGCUGGAACAAUGCCCCGCUGAGUGGGCCGAGAGCUCAAGAGGGGAUUUGGCCAUGUCAAGCUCCCAGAAGGACAAUGGCUCGGCAGAGGCCAAGAGAACGGAGCUGAGAUUAAAGGAGAAGAAAUGCUCAUGGGCCUCCUACAUGACAAAUUCCCCAACAGUGAUCGUCAUGAUCGGCCUGCCCGCGCGAGGGAAGACGUACAUGUCCAAGAAACUGACGCGGUACCUCAACUGGAUCGGAGUCCCCACCAAAGUGUUCAACUUGGGCGUGUACCGCAGGGAGGCCGUCAGAGCUUACAAGUCCUAUGAUUUCUUCCGCCACGACAACCAGGAGGCCAUGAAAAUACGAAAACAGUGUGCUCUCGUAGCUCUGCAGGAUGUGAAGGCUUACCUGACGGAGGAGGGAGGUCAGAUCGCGGUUUUUGACGCAACAAACACAACGAGAGAACGACGAGAUCUCAUUCAAGACUUUGUGAAGGAGAAUUCAUUCAAGGUGUUCUUCGUGGAGUCGGUGUGUGAUGACCCGGAGGUCAUAGCUGCUAAUAUUCUGGAAGUGAAGGUGUCCAGUCCAGACUACCCCGAGAGACACAGAGAGAGAGUCAUGGAUGACUUUCUCAAACGCAUCGAGUGCUACAAGGUUACUUACCAACCGCUAGAUCCCGAUAACUACGACAAGGACCUGUCUUUUAUCAAGGUGAUCAACGUGGGCCGGCGUUUUCUGGUGAACCGGGUGCAGGACUACAUCCAGAGUAAGAUUGUCUACUACCUCAUGAACAUCCACGUGCACUCUCACUCCAUCUACCUGUGUCGCCACGGAGAGAGCAACCACAACGUCGAGGGCCGCAUCGGGGGAGACUCAGAACUCUCUCCUCGAGGGAAACAGUUCGCCCACGCCCUGCGAGGCUUCAUUGAGGAGCACCAACUGUCGGAUUUGAAGGUGUGGACGAGCCAACUGAGAAGGACCAUCCAGACAGCGGAGGAGCUGAGGGCGCCUUAUGAGCAGUGGAAGAUACUCAACGAGAUCGACGCUGGGGUGUGUGAGGAGAUGUCCUAUGAGAUGAUCCAGAACACAUUCCCAGAGGAGUUCGCUCUGAGGGACCAGGACAAGUACCACUAUCGCUACCCGGGAGGAGAGUCCUACCAGGAUCUCGUUCAGCGAUUGGAGCCGGUCAUCAUGGAGCUGGAGAGACAGGGUAAUGUGUUGGUCGUCUGCCACCAGGCCGUGAUGCGCUGUUUGCUCGCUUACUUCCUGGACAAAAGUGCUGAAGAUCUGCCAUACAUGAAAUGCCCGCUCCACACUGUGCUCAAGCUCACCCCUGUUGCAUACGGUUGUAAAGUGGAAAUGUUUUAUCUCAACGUGGAGGCAGUAAACACGCAUCGAGACCGGCCCCUUGGUAAAAUGUCGAGGGACUCCGUUCUCAUACACCGGCGGAAUAGUUACACUCCCUUGUCCAGUCACGACCAGGUCAAGCGUCCCAGGCUCUACAGCGCAGGCAACCAGCCCUGGCUCCCUCUUGCCCCCACCCCAUCAGCUCUGAUGCCCGAGGGACGGCAAAGCCAAGUUAGUAAAAAAAAGAGUCACAGGCUCCCAUUGUCAACGCUAAUUGGUCACCUCCCGCCACAGUUGAAACCCUGUGUUUGGAGUUCCCUCGCCCCAGUUUUUGGAUCCUCUCGAACAUUUAGUGUCUUUGUUGAACGUGACAAACGUGGAACCCAUCUCUGUGUGUGUGUGUGUGUGUGUGUGUGUGUGUGUGUGUGUGUGUGUGUGUUUCCCUCUCAGGGCAUGUGUUCGCUCUCUUCAUUUAAUGUUGUGGCUGUCAGACGUUUGUCUUGCACGACCUCUGCUCUGUCUCCAGCUUGAAUAUGCAGAACAGCAUGUCUCCCAUUUGCAGAGGAAACCUCCUGAUGAAUUAUCCUCAAUAGUUCAUAGGAUAUAAAAGACACACAAACAUCAGAGACAUCGAGUACUAUUUUCUGACAUAAAUUAUACUGUGUAUAUGACGCACAUUAGAAUCUUCUUAAGCGUUGAUUCCAUUUCCAACUUAUUUGAAUACAUUUAAGGGAAAUUUGAGAACAUUAAUAUAAUAUAAUAUGUGAAUGACAGAGUUAAAUCCCAGAAAAAGUGUUGACAUUUGAAAAGGCAUAUUCAUUUUUGUGUUUGUUGUGUAUUUGUCUGCCGUGCCUUGUGGGUACAGUGCUUCAGCCCAUCUCCACAUUUCUAUCCAUGUCUCUCUUUCUCCACUUUCUCCAACCCUGUCUUACAGCACCGGAAAGGAAGCAGUUGUCUGUGAGUAGUUUACAUUUAGUCGGUACAUGUUGCCGUCCCACAAUUCAACCCAAAUCAUGUUAAUCCAUGUCAAUAUAUAUACAUCGUCACAAUGGUGAAUUUCUUCGUGUAUUUUUUUUUAGUCCUUGGGUUUUAUCCAACCUUCCAUCAUCUUCUGCACAGUGAAAGCUGCUCGACUUUGUUUUCGCCUCAGCGACCUUAUCAACGACACUAUCGCAUACCAAUACGUUGGUAGUUUUGAUAAAUGGCUACAAUAGGAAGGAAACUCUUUGAUCAUUGAUCAUUUUUUAGACACCUAGAGAUGUAUUUUAAAAUGGUAAAAUAAUGGGAGAAAAAGGUAACUAUACUUUGCUUCACACACAUAAAAUUAUGGUAAUUCAAGGGUGUCUCAGUAUUGAUUAAUGUAAAGAAAGAUUAUGAUUUGGAGCCAAUCAUGCAUAGGGUCAGAAAGUGAUUGAUUAUGAAUCACUCCUUGAGAACGUGCUAACAAUCAGUCUCCUGGAUUGUGGCUCUUUCACCACACUUCACAUAAUGACCCAAUUUCUCAAAUAGGAACUUAAGACUCCUGGGCUGCCUGGGAAGCUAUUUGUUAGUUUCCUCUAAUAGUAUCUUCUGCUGUGAGGUGUAAAUCUGUGAGUUAAUCUGCGUAUAUUUUUUCUUGAAGGAGUCCCUAUGCGAAGGAUUCGACUUUGACAGCCCAGAAGAAACUAGUGGCUGUGUCCGUUUCUGAGUGAAGACGAAGAGCCCUCUUUUUUUCUUCACCACGAUGUCGGCGGAAGCUUUGGGUUCAACCACCAAUCUGAAGAUCGAGAGAAAUGUUUUUAUUUUUCCUAUUUCAACCACACUUUGGGAAAUCAUGGUCAGAGAAGGAUGAAGUCAAAGAACAGUUGUUGGUUGUUUUUUUUUAAACAAGGCCACCUGGACACAAGGACAUUUUCCUCCUAUUUAUCUCAAGCUCCUGUUCGUCUCGACUUUGCAUGCUGAGGCUGUGAACCGGAGGCCUUAUCAUUAGUAUCAUAAACUCCUCUGCAUGUGCACUAAAAGAAAUCAAUCAGCCGAAGAACAGGGCAUACUGUUUUACAACACUGGCAAAUGUCCUCGUUGUACUGUAAAUAACAAAAAGCCUUACUGAACAUUAAAUAUAUCGACACCUCUGUACGCCAUUAAAUAUAAUAGGAGCAAGUUAAACAUUAUUAUGAUUAAAAAAUCUAUUUUUACUCUUGCAAAAAGAACAUGUUAUAAAGUAGAUCCUGUAAAAGAAAACUUUUUAUAAUUCAAAUCCACUCAUCUGCCAUGUACAAACCAUCUGUAGUCGUGAUUCUUACUAGAUUUAUUCUUAAGGGGUCAUCUUUUAUGUCUCAUGUUAUAGAGUUGAGAGAAGGUACUCAACGGGUACUGGAGCAGAUUAAAAAUGCUGUACUUAGUUUCAUCCCUCUCUUAUGGAAGCGUUUAAUUUGUUGUAAGAAAAUAUGCCACAUUACAAGCAGUAGGUAAAAAGAUUUAAUUUUCUGGCGUUGAAGGUCUGAAUGAACACUUAUUGGUAAAUUUCCAUCUGUUAAUCCUUUGUUAUUCAUGUGUAUGUGUCUUUGAAGGGAUCUUGUGCAACAAACCCUAACAUAUUUAAAGAAUGUUAGCUAUGUUAUCACAAUGGCCAAGAAUUUGCUGUGAUCGCUUCAUUCAAAUGUAUAUGUUCUCCUUAAGUUCUCAUCAACAUCAGCCUUUUUAUUUAGUAAUGCACAGUGGCACAAGUUUCAUCAAAUGACCAUUGAUAAGUAAUUGCCCCGCUCAAAGCAGCCUACUUGUGCCUUUUAAGCAAACAAUAAAAGUGAGUUUUGAAUAGCCAUGACACUUUUUGGAGAGAAAUUAAUCUGUAUAUAAAUUAUAAAUUAUCUAUUUUAACUUAUAUUUAAAUGCCCCUCUGUUUAAUGACACAUUGAAUCAACAUCAUUAAAAUGAAAUUUGUAUAUA